UUUUGCUCUAUUUAUAUAGCUUCACAUUUUGUAAAAUUACAUUAGUUUACUUUAGCAGCUAUAAGGUAAGCUAUUAAUUAAUAGUUUUUUUUUUAAUCUCCUGUUUUAUUUACUAUUAUGACAUUUGUUUAUACGUUAAUAUUUUUCAGAGUCAGAAAAAAUGGUAGCGCUUACAAUUAUUCUAUUGUGUGUGUCAUCAGCAUUGGCUGACAUUUCUGAUAACUACUAUCGACAAGGGGAUAGCUAUAUCCCAGUAAAUACUAACCAAGUAAACAAUAUAAAUAGUAGUAGAUACCUACACAGACCUUCGAAUUCAUACUACAACUUUGAACAACGUCGAGAAGAUCAACCACCACAAGUAGAAAUAAGAGAUGAAGACAUGGGAAAAUAUAUGAACAAAAAAUCUACAACAAACUUGGCUACACCCACAGUGCCUAGCUUCCACAAUAUUUCAGAACACUUAUUUAAAAAUCAAUCAGAGCCAAUGACAACUCCUAAAGCUCACGUCGUUCAAAACUGGAACCAAAUCAUAAACAAACAUUUACCAGCAAAUAUGCCACCACCACCAUCUACACCAAAGUGGAUGGACCUAUCUGAAAGCUACAACCAACCAAAGCCGUUGCUUUCUUCAAGAAACACGAACCCAUCUCAUAAACAUGCUUUUAAUCCCAGUCAGCCACACGCAUUCCACAAAACAGAACAUGUUAUACCUCAAAAUCAAUAUCAUCAUACUGUUUCACUUGAUUGGCAUCUGCCUUUACAACCAAAACCAUUUAGAGGUAACCACAAAUUUAACUGGCAUGAUAUUGAUGAUCUUCAAGAACCAGUGACAACAAAUUCUCCCAUUAAAGUACCUACCCAGAACCACAACGCACCAUUUUCUGUGCCUACUUUAUCCCCAUGGUCUGGUGACAAUUUUGGAAAAUAAUAUUAGAUUUCAAUAUUUUAUACAAGGGCUAUAAUAAACUAAAAAUAUAAUAAACAAAAAAUAAUAAUGUC